AUGGUGAAUAGUCCACUAACACAUAACUCAGAAGUGAUCAGCAAGGGGACAGAAAGAUUCACUGAAACAGUAGAACACAUCAUGAAUAAGAAAGCAAUAAUUCCUUUGGCAAGACCAGAAGAGAGGAUACAAAAGGUACAACAUCAACAGGUGGGAGGUGAUAAUUUUGUACCAGACACCAAUCAAAGGGUUUUCAACAUGGGAACUAUGGAAGCUAGUUCAUCUGGAAUUAGUGGCCGGAGUAGAAACUCUCAACAAAGGACAUCGUCAUGGUCUAGAAAGAGAAGAAACAUCAGCGAGGGACAAAAAGCUCAACAAAAACCAGGCAAUGAAGAUGGAGAUAAUAGCACGAAGAGGAAAGCGAACGAUAGGAUGGAAGUAUCCUCAAAACUUUCAAAAAAUGAUGCCGGUUUGAUGGUUCACCAGAAACCAUCCAGUACGGAUAUAUGA